GUCACCUUCGACGACAAGUACCGCAUCCGCGUCUUGGACGUCGAGAAGUACGCGCACACGGAGGAGCUCAGCGAGGCCAGCGGCAGCUUCGUCGCGAGCGCGGCGCCGGCGCCCGAGUUCAGCCAGCUCAUCACGGGCAUCGUCGAGGUCCUCGACUCGAACGCGCAGCGCAUCGAGAAGGCCAAGCUCAAGGCCAUCGGCAUGCGGAACCGGGUGCUCAGCGAGCGCGAGAACCGCGACCAGCACCGACGCGCGCUCCAGGCGAUGAUCGCGGAGAAGACGGCGGAGCUCGAGCGGUACCAGACCCAGCACCAGUCGCUGAGCCAGGUCGAGGCCGAGCAGCGCGCCCUCGUCGACAAGCUCGGCAACUCGGAGGUCUAG